GCGUUUGACCUUUUCAGUGUAAAAAGUUUUCUCUACCUUAAAGAGAGUCACUAACCGACGCACACGGGGCUGGAGAGGACUUAGGAAAUGCCCACCCCUGCAGGAGGGCGAAUGCGGCUCUGCGCGGCACUGGGCGCCGCAGAGGUUAGGGGCGGCAGAGGGACCUCCGGAGCCCGAGACUUCCUGGAGCAGCUCCGCAGCCGGAAGGCCGCUGCUCCUCGCGCGCCCGCCCUGCCCAGUCCUCAUCUCGGGGGCGGGGCCGCGCUCAGGCCCCGCCCCUCCCUUGCCCUGCCUCUGGCGCCUGGGGCAGCCGCGCCCGCGGAGUUUUCAGCCCGGCGCUGACGGCUGCGGCGCCCGCGGCUCCCCAGUGCCCCGAGUGCCCCGCGUGCCCCGCGAGCGGGAGUGGGACCCAGCCCUAGGCAGAACCCAGGCGCCGCGCCCGGGACGCCAGCGGAGAGAGCCACUCCCGCCCACGUCCCAUUUCGCCCCUCGCGCCCGGAGUCCCCGUGGCCAGAUCUAACCAUGAGCUACCCUGGCUAUCCCCCGCCCCCAGGUGGCUACCCACCAGCUGCACCAGGUGGUGGUCCCUGGGGAGGUGCUGCCUACCCUCCUCCGCCCAGCAUGCCCCCCAUCGGGCUGGAUAACGUGGCCACCUAUGCGGGGCAGUUCAACCAGGACUACCUCUCGGGAAUGGCGGCCAACAUGUCUGGGACAUUUGGAGGAGCCAACAUGCCCAACCUGUACCCUGGGGCCCCUGGGGCUGGCUACCCACCAGUGCCCCCUGGCGGCUUUGGGCAGCCCCCCUCUGCCCAGCAGCCUGUUCCUCCCUAUGGGAUGUAUCCACCCCCAGGAGGAAACCCACCCUCCAGGAUGCCCUCAUAUCCGCCAUACCCAGGGGCCCCUGUGCCGGGCCAGCCCAUGCCACCCCCCGGACAGCAGCCCCCAGGGGCCUACCCUGGGCAGCCACCAGUGACCUACCCUGGUCAGCCUCCAGUGCCACUCCCUGGGCAGCAGCAGCCAGUGCCGAGCUACCCAGGAUACCCGGGGUCUGGGACUGUCACCCCCGCUGUGCCCCCAACCCAGUUUGGAAGCCGAGGCACCAUCACUGAUGCUCCCGGCUUUGACCCUCUGCGAGAUGCCGAGGUCCUGCGGAAGGCCAUGAAAGGCUUCGGGACGGAUGAGCAGGCCAUCAUCGACUGCCUGGGGAGUCGCUCCAACAAGCAGCGGCAGCAGAUCCUACUUUCCUUCAAGACGGCUUACGGCAAGGAUUUGAUCAAAGAUCUGAAAUCUGAACUGUCAGGAAACUUUGAGAAGACAAUCUUGGCUCUGAUGAAGACCCCAGUCCUCUUUGACAUUUAUGAGAUAAAGGAAGCCAUCAAGGGGGUUGGCACUGAUGAAGCCUGCCUGAUUGAGAUCCUCGCUUCCCGCAGCAAUGAGCACAUCCGAGAAUUAAACAGAGCCUACAAAGCAGAAUUCAAAAAGACCCUGGAAGAGGCCAUUCGAAGCGACACAUCAGGGCACUUCCAGCGGCUCCUCAUCUCUCUCUCUCAGGGAAACCGUGAUGAAAGCACAAACGUGGACAUGUCCCUCGCCCAGAGAGAUGCCCAGGAGCUGUAUGCGGCCGGGGAGAACCGCCUGGGAACAGACGAGUCCAAGUUCAAUGCGGUUCUGUGCUCCCGGAGCCGGGCCCACCUGGUAGCAGUUUUCAAUGAGUACCAGAGAAUGACAGGCCGGGACAUUGAGAAGAGCAUCUGCCGGGAGAUGUCCGGGGACCUGGAGGAGGGCAUGCUGGCCGUGGUGAAAUGUCUCAAGAAUACCCCAGCCUUCUUUGCGGAGAGGCUCAACAAGGCCAUGAGGGGGGCAGGAACAAAGGACCGGACCCUGAUUCGCAUCAUGGUGUCUCGCAGCGAGACCGACCUCCUGGACAUCAGAUCAGAGUAUAAGCGGAUGUACGGCAAGUCGCUGUACCACGACAUCUCGGGAGAUACUUCAGGGGAUUACCGGAAGAUUCUGCUGAAGAUCUGUGGUGGCAAUGACUGAACAGUGACUGGUGGCUCACUUCUGCCCACCUGCCGGCAACACCGGUGCCAGGAAAAGGCCAAAAGAAUGUCUGUUUCUAACAAAUCCACAAAUAGCCCCGAGAUUCACCGUCCUAGAGCUUAGGCCUGUCUUCCACCCCUCCUGACCCGUAUAGUGUGCCACAGGACCUGGGUCGGUCUAGAACUCUCUCAGGAUGCCUUUUCUACCCCAUCCCUCACAGCCUCUUGCUGCUAAAAUAGAUGUUUCAUUUUUCUGA